AUGAACAAGGGGGUGCUGGAGGCGUACCUGCUGGCAAACCUUCAUAUUCUACGGCUUCUCAAAGAGAACAAGGAGAUACCGAAGCUCGACGGCGGGUUCUUUCGAAGUUGCUUGUCGGCAGUGAUGAAACUGCUUCGCUACUCCAAAGUCAAGGGAGAACUUGGAGAGUCUCUAAAGAUCUACAACUCGAGUCGAUGUGCACGCUCCCCUCAAGCAAAUGGCGGGUACAUCAAUCAAGGAAGGAGUCACAACGCCGGAUACCAAAUGGCCACGAUGACGAAGAACGCGCUGAGCAUGAACUUCUACCGACGUUUUCACAAGUUUCUCAAGCGCACGUACACGAUUGAUGGAAAGAAAGCGUACACGCUUCUCAAAGGAAUCCUCAGUCACGAGGAGUACGUUCGAACGGGUACUCGGUUUGACGAGAUUGUACUGGAGUGGAGAGCGAAGGUUCCUCGCAAACCGAACGGAUAUCUUGCCGACGAAGCCCACCAACUCAUUCCGCUCACGUACCUGCUUCUGCAAGACAUCGAGGACCGGAACACGCACGGCAAAGACGCCAUUGAUGAGGGCGAGUUGUUUCAAGAGAUCAGAGUGUUCUCCAUCCUUCCGACCAAGAAGGGCUUCGAGUGCUCUCAUAUGAAGAUGUGUCAGCUGGGACUGUGGGGACUUCUUAAACGAGCUGGCUUUGCCGCUCCAAAACCUGGAAAAGGGUGGGAGGAUGUACAACAUGACUACUUGCACAAGCUUUUCAAUAUCAAGAAGUUUGAAACUGAAACCCGUAAGUUCGCUGGGGAAAUCGUGACGGAUGGCAAAGCAGUCUCAAUCAUGAUGCGCAAGCCGAAGAAGGAAGCGGGACCAGCCAGGACGUACACGGAGAAGGACAUUGAUGUGGUGUGGGGACUCGAUCCGGGACGACGUGAUAUGUUUGUCGCGACCAACCAGUUCGAGGAAAGCGUCUCUUGCUCUUCGAAGGAGUUCUACGAGGAAGCUCGGUACACCAAGGCAAAGCAGAAGAUCAAGGGGUGGCAAGACCGACACCCAAAAGUACUCGAGGCGAUACGCAACAUGCCCACGAAGAAGACUGCCUCACUCCAGAAACUGAAGGUGUACAUCGCGUUCAUGACGCAGCACAUGGACCUGCUUCUCGGGUUCUCUCAGCUCAAGCCUUUCCGGCGUCUCCGCUUCCGGAGCUUUCUGUUCAUGAAGAAGAAGCUUCGGCAACUUUGUGAAAGACUGGCUCCGAGAGGCAAGCGCGUGGUCGUCGGAUUCGGAGACUGGAGCAAUCAGGACGUCGCGGGGAUCAUCAAGAAGAGCCCUGCUGGUCCAGUGAAGGUAUUCGAACGAGAGCUCGCGCGCUACUGCACUGUGAUACCCAUCGCCGAGUUUCGCACGAGCAAAGUCCAUUUCGAGUGCCAGCGCCGGCUCAAGAACCAGUACUCGCAACGACUGUGCCGGGAUGGCGAAAUACGAACUCAAAAGGUUCACAGUGUACUCCAUUGCUUGAACAAUGGCUGCCGUGGUAUGACUGUGAACCGAAACGUGAACGCCUCCCGGAACAUGCGCCGACUGCUUGAAUGCAAGCUACGUAGACCGUCCCUUGGCCUACACUCGUCAGGCAAGAGCGUGAUCACAAAAAAAAAGUGCUUCUGA